AGACGACCUUUCAGGUCUUCACCAACCUCUGCCGAAAGAGCAUCUUUCAUUUAGAGUUGGCUAGAAAAAGCUGGUUGAAAUAGACAAAGAAAAAAAUGUUGAAACAUUUGUUCAUUGUCUUUGUCAUUUUGAUGUUAAAAUGUAACUCUCACGCUUCGGCCGAUGAAUUUGACGAAGAGGAUAUAGAUGCCGAAGGCCCGGAAGUAGUCGAUUCAUUCGCCAGAACUUACGAAGUUGCUCCGUAUCCUUGGCAACUAUGGAACUUCCCUUCCUACCAGCCACGCCCUCGAAUUCCACAAGAUGUCGAUGAUAACGAGGGACCUGCUCCGUACGCCGAUCCUCGUUUUGUUACCAACCACUGCCAUUCAGGACAUUCGUAUACGACAACUACAAGCAACGUGUGUACUUCCACUACAACAAUCACAUUAACUGUCGUUGAAACAGCUACUACUCCCUCUACUACUACUACUCCAUCAACUACGACUAAUGCAAUAACUGAAUCUACUUCUUCUACACCUACCUCUCCGACUCCUGCAGUUCAGUUCUAGUUGGAAAGAACUUAUCAAAUGUUGGGUUUUCGUCAAACAGCAAAAUGUUGACUUAUUCCAUUUGGUUUCGGGAUUCAAACAGAAUAUAUGUAUAUCAUAACCAAGCGUUCGGGGGAAAAAAUACACUGAUUCAAAGACUCA